GGAGGGGGAGAGGGGCUGGGCGGUUCCUGCCGGAUGAACGCUGUCAGCAUCGGGGAGUUCCACGGCCUGCGGGUGGGCUCCGCCCUGGUCAGCAUCGUGGCGGGGUGCAUCAUUAUUGGGGUGUCCCGAGACUGCGACGCCGACGCCGUGGGGGGCAUCUUCCUCGGAGCUGGUGGGCUGGGUCUCAUGAUCUCAGUCUACCCCUUCAUAAGAGCCUGGCUCAACUUACACCACAUCCUGCCUACUCUAGGGAACCUGCGCAUCCACCCCACUCAGGCGAACCCCACCGCGGAGCUCUCCGCUGAGGCCCUGAGGCGGGAAGCCACACAGAGCCAGCUGAAUCUGGAGCGCACCAAGAGCAGGAUGGGGACCCUCCAGGACAGGCCAGCGGCCGAGGCCUCUGUGGAUGAGGGGCCUUCCGACGUUCCUGAUAUCAUUGCUCGUCGGAAGCCCAAACAGUCCUCGGAUAUCGACGUCCCAUGAUCCUCCCUUCUCCCCGGGCCACGUCUGAAAUGGCCACCUGAAGCAUCCCCUCUUGGAAUAGAAUUUGACCAUACAGAUCCCAAGAGGUUCCUUUAUAUCCUUUCAGAACCAUGUCGCUUAGAUAAAUCAUUACAGGUGGAAAAAAAUGAAUUUGUCAUAAAGUGUAAGAGUCUUAUUAUGGACAAAGGACAGCAGAGUAUACCCAUUCUCUUUUUAGAGAUAAUUGAGUUUUUUUUUUUUUUUUUUACUUCCUUUUGGGAUCAGCACUCAUUGUGGAAGUACAUUUGUUGAAGUGCAAAAUCUUUUUAGCGUAUACCCAAGAUGUAUUUGGUGUAAGAUUCUGUAAUUUAAGUUGAAUAUUUAAAAAUAAGUUGACCAUCUGAAAAUAAUGUUGGCAAUGUGCCUACACACAAACACCCACACUUUUUGUCUAGGGCUUGCUUUGUUUUCCAUUAAAAUCAUAUUAAAGUUCGGAGGCACACACAUUAAUCCAGAGAAUACAGCUUUCCGGUGAAACUCAUGUUUAUAUCUCCUGUAACACCGAAAUGUGUCAUGAUUAUGGGAAACAGGAAUUAUGGGAAUUAUAGAAAAAUGGAUUACGAGCGGAUUAAGAGGAUUGCUCUCAAGCUUCAUAUGUUUCGUACCAAACCUGUGAAAUCAAAAUUAUGCACAGUAUUACUACAGACACUGCAGCUGUUUGUUACUCUUUGCUGUAUCUUUGUGUUGCUCGUCUUUUUGCUUCACUGUAUCUUGGUUUCUUAGCCUCUGCAGCAGCUAACUAGCAACAAACACUUUGCUGAAAUCUGAUCCCAAAUCACAGGCUCUAUAGUCACGCCCACCUCCCGACAAGAGCACCAUGCCCAAAAACAUCCCAAACGCAUUUUAGAAUAACGAAUACAGGUAAAAGUUGCACGGAUUUUGCGAAAGUACGUUAAGGCCGAGAUUUCCAGUGCAUCUUAGAUAUGCCUUAACAUAGUUAUUUUACAAGUUUUCUAAUAAAAACGCCUGCAUAGU